UUCCAUCAUUUUUUAAUUCUUUUUUAUUUUCUUUUUUUAAUUUAAAUAAAGCAUGAAUUUUGGGCCAUGCAUUUGCUGCCCACUGUGCAGAGUUGUUGGUUGUGUAGUAACUUCAUUUCCUGCAACAAACAAAUUUUUUGCAUAAAUAAAACAUUGUUAAAAGAAAUUUUUGCUUUACAUUCAUUCCUAAAGAGCAUUAAGAGAUAAUGUGGGAUGCUUGAUUGCAAGAUCAAUGAGCUUUUGGUGUUAGCAAAGAAGGUGAGGUGAUGAUGGUGUAAAAAACAAUCGGUUUCAAGAAUUUUGAUGCAAAUUCUGAGAGGCAGAAGCUAGAAAAUCAAGAAUUGGUGAUGAUCAAGAUGGAGAAUGAGAGGAGGAACUCUUGUGAUUUGGAUGGAGAUUGCUCUGUUUUGGCUUCAUCGAGAGGCGUGAGCGAGCUCGACGAGGCGGCGACGAAGGUGCAGAAGGUGUACAAGAGUUAUAGGACGAGGCGGAGCCUCGCGGAUUGCGCGGUGGUCGUGGAAGAGCUCUGGUGGAGAGCAUUGGAUGCUGCUGCGUUGAACCGGAGCUCGGUGUCGUUUUUCAACGACAACGGGCACGAAUCCGCCGCGUCGCGGUGGGACCGCGCAAAGAGAAGAGCUGCUAAGGUUGGGAAAGGUUUGGCUCAAGAUGAGAAGGCUCAGAAACUGGCUCUGCAUCAUUGGUUGGAAGCUAUCGACCCUAGGCAUCGUUAUGGACGUAACUUGCGUUUCUACUAUGAUGUGUGGUUCAAGAGGAAAAGUUGUCAACCUUUCUUUUAUUGGUUGGACAUAGGUGAUGGUAAGGAAGUGAAUCUUCCAAGUUGCCCUAGAGUUGAUCUUCAACAACAAUGCAUCCAAUAUCUUGGACCGAAAGAGAGGGAAACGUAUGAGGUGAUUAUUGAGGAAGGGAAGUUGGUGUUCAAGAGGAGUGGAAUGAUCUUGAAUACGGACGAGGACUCGAAAUGGAUUUUCGUGCUCAGCACGUACAGAUCUUUGUACAUUGGACAGAAGAGGAAAGGACAGUUUCAGCAUUCGAGUUUUUUGUCUGGUGGAGUGACGUCGUCAGCCGGUAGACUCGUUGCUCGUGAUGGCGUUCUUGAGGCGAUAUGGCCUUAUAGUGGGCAUUAUCUACCCACGGAAGGCAAUUUCAAGGAAUUCAUUGCUUUUCUCAAGGAAAAUCAUGUAGAUUUGUCCAAUGUCAAGAGAUGUUCAAUGGAUAAUGAUGAAUUGUCUUACAUUAAAACUAUUGAUGAAGGAUUCGAACCAAAAAUUACAUUAAAACUAUUGACUAAGACCCCAUCAUGUAAGUGGGCUAGUGGAGUUGGUGCUAGGAUUGGAUGUGUGAGAGACUAUCCAAUGGAUCUUCAAUCUCUAGCUCUUCAAAAGGUACAUCUAUCUUCAACACUUAAUCUCUCACAAUCCUACUCGAAGAGCGAUUGUCCGAUCCCGUCGCCACGGCCCGUCCCGACGGUUCGGGUCUCUCCAAGGUUAUCACGUCUGGUGAUUCCGAGUCCGAUGCUGUCUCCUGUUGUUUCCAAUUGAUUCUCUCAGUUUUUUUUUAGGGUUUAAUAGUGUUCCGUGUUUUCCGCAAUCCACGUUUUUCAUAAAAUAUCCUGAACUUUUUAACGAGAAGCUUUCGAGAUUGGCCUUACCUUGUGUGUGUGUGAAUUACCUAGAUUAGGUUUGUCCAUAUUGUUUCUUUGCUUCUUUUUGUUCAUGCGAUAAGAUUGGUUCUUGGUUUUUCAA